GGAAUUUCUGAGGCAAGCUACUAUGUAAGUCUUAAAUGCACCCAUAAAAAGUAUUUUAAGGCCAUUUCUUUUGGUUUUUUGAGUGUGAGCCAUUCAUUUUGACUUCUGUAUAAAUCCCUUUCUCCUUUCCUUAGGGGAUUUUCUGGCUCCAGAAUAACUAGUAAAGAUGAGGAGGGGAAAAACAUAACCCAAAAUAAUCCUCCUCCAAAAAAAAAAAGAAAGAAAAAGACAGAAAGAAAAAGGGAAAAAAAGGGAAAUGCUGUUGGUAGGCAGGUAGUCGGUCUCCAGCUCAGCUCCAGGAGGGGGGACUCCUGAUGGAGCUGGGAUGGACCGCCACAGGAUUGGUGGAUGGCUGCACUCGGUGUGGCCCCAUGCCAAGCCCUUAUGUCUUUAUAUACUGUAAACGGAUGACCGGACAGUCCUGAGUGUGCAUCGCAUCCACUCUGCCUCUCUCCAUCUCCACUGCUCUCUGUCUGCAGGGGCCCCUGUCAAUCUUUGACUCCAGCAUCCAAAGCUUCUCCUCCUCAGCUCUCUCUGCUCCCCGGGUGUGAAAACAAUGGCCACGCCGAGCCUGCUCUUCACUUUAUCCGUGUGGUUUCUGGCUGGGAGCCUCUUAACGGAGGCGACUUACUACCGGCACCACCGCUACGUCCCCCACUUCUACCGCUACCGGGAGCACUCUGCCAACACGGAAAACCUCCUCCCUGAAGUCUCCAACCCGGAGCCUGAAGUCCCGCAGCCAGGCGUGCCGACCUACCCCCAGAUCCCCGAGGUGUUUCACCCGGCACCAGAGGUCAUCCACACCCUCCCAGAGGCGAUCCACCCGGUGCCUGAAGUCGUCCAUCCCGCACCUGAGCCUUACCAACCACCUGAGGUUUACCAGUCGGUGGCUGAAGCCUCUUCCCCCGUCAACAUGAGCCGGGUUUUCUACGGGAUCAUGUUUGACGCCGGGAGCACAGGCAGCAGGAUCCACAUCUAUAAGUUCAUCCAGAAAGACCCCGUUGAGCUGCCAGUUCUGGACAAUGAAAUGUACCAUGCAGUGAAGCCUGGACUGUCUGCUUACAAGGACAACCCUGAGGAGGGUGGAAACACCAUCCGUCAGCUGCUGAAGAUUGCAAAGAAGACGGUGCCAGAGGACGAAUGGAAGAGGACCCCGGUGGUGCUGAAGGCCACAGCGGGUCUGCGCCUGCUGCCCGAAGACAAGGCCAACGCUCUUCUGAAGGAGGUGCAAGAGGUGUUCAACGAGUCCCCCUUCUUUGUGCCAAACAACAGUGUUUCUAUCAUGAAUGGAGCAAAAGAAGGAGUCCUCGCCUGGGUCACGGUGAACUUCCUUACAGGUCACUUGUACUCCAACACAAAGAGGACAGUGGGCAUCUUGGAUUUGGGUGGAGGAUCCACACAGAUCACAUUCCUUCCCAAGUCAAAGAAAACCAUUCAGUCCGCUCCUGCCACUUAUAUCGCCAACUUCAACCUCUUCGACCAUACGUAUCAGCUCUACACACACAGCUACCUUGGAAAUGGACUGUACGCGGCUCGACUGGCAACUCUCGGAGCACUAGGAGCUGAUGGUCUAGAUUGGAAAAUCUUCACAAGUUCCUGCCUCCCGAAAAAGUUCAGAGAAGAUGUGACUUUUGGAGGAACCACCUACAAAGUUAGCGGGAUUCCAGACGGCUAUGCAGGCUAUAAGCUGUGCUACUAUGAAGUUCUGAAGGUCAUCAAAGGAAUCGUGCACCAGCCUUAUGAGGUGAAGGGCAGCAGCAUCUUCUACGCUUUCUCCUACUACUUUGACAGAGCUGUGGAGUCUGGCCUCAUCGAUGGCAGCCGAGGUGGUGCGGUUGAAGUCAGGGAUUUUAAGAAGAGAGCCAAGGAAGUGUGCAACAAAAUGACCAAGUACCGUGCUAUCAGCCCCUUCCUCUGCAUGGAUAUGACAUAUAUCACUUGUCUGCUAAAGGAGGGCUUUGGCUUCAAGGACAGCACUGUGCUGCAGCUAGCCAAGAAGGUGAACAACGUGGAGACAAGCUGGGCCCUGGGGGCAACCUUUGACUACUUCAGAAACCUCAACAUCCACUAAGGACAGCUCGCUGUCACUGCAGCCAGCACUGAGAGGGACAGUCUGUCACUGUGGGGCUUGCCGUCCUCCGUCCACCCCUCGAUCAGCCCGUCCCCUCGCAGACACACCUGGUCCCAACCAAGCUUCCUCACCCACAACGCCCUCCUCCUCUUUUCCUUCAACCUCAGCACCCUGCGAACACUCCGAACUGUUGAAAAAAAAGAAAUCACUAUAUUUUUAUAAGGCCAGCUAUUUCUACUGUAUGUUGAGCUCAUGACUGGUGGGCUGACUUUAUUUUUGUAAAACGUUUACAUUUUUGAUUCCUCAUGGGUGUCUGAUCUGAAAUGUCUUCCACACCUACCUGUUGUUUAGAGGCAACACAACCAGUCAUGGUAUUUGGUGCUUACUGUGGUCCUGGUGUGCACUGUACAGUACAGUGGAAUUUAUUUAGAGACUAGUUGCUGGAAGUGCAACCAUAGUUUUCUUUCAAAAUGCUUGUAAAUCAGUCUUCUUUUCACUCUAGCACUAAAUUAUUUUACCUAAUUCAUUUGCCCCUCGCCAUCAUUGGAAAUAGAGCAGUUGACAAUCAUACAGCUUCUUUCAUCGACUUUGCACAUAACACUUUAAUUGCAGAUAUUGUAGCUAAGACAGUUGCUUUGAUGUCGACUUAAGAGUUGUAUAUAUUCAUAAAGUAGUGUUGGAUUCACCAUGACUUGGGGGGGGGCAAAGAGAGUGCUGUGGAGAGUUGCCUCUCACAGACUGUGCUGUAUAGCUGUUAAAUGUUUGAGGUUAAUGCCUGUACUUUUAAACUGCAGCCAUUAUCGUUUGUUAUGUCUAGAGUGAAAAAGACCUUAUCAAGCAUGGCUAAAUUGCAGGGGCCCUAGGUCUGAACUCGAAUUUUAGACUAGCAAUAGAAAGACCUCUCAUCACGGGUAGAUAGAUGCGUCCAACAACGUAAUUUACAGCCAUUAAAUACAGCAAAAAUGUAAACAGAAAUUACGCAAAGAGUUUGAAGCCUGACUCUUUCAUUUAUUGCUGGUUGCUCAAAAACAUUAGUGAUACUGAAUUCUGUUUUUGAAUUCAUUUCUUCUUGUGAACUGUACAAAUAUUUAAAUGACUUUAUCUAAUGUAGAGCAUUUUAAUUAUCCUGAUUCAAUAUCAUGAACUUUCCGUGUAACUGCUCUUCACACCGUGCCUUUGCUGUCUUUUCAGUAUUCAACACGUUCAAUAACUACUGCUGUAUAUACAUAAUGUAAACUUUUAUUAGUGAAAUCUUUUUGACAGGAACUGCUUUUUACGUUGCAAAAACUUUAUGCUGCACAAUCGCUCAGAAAUGCUCAUCAGUAUGAAUAACCUGAUGGCUGACAAUAUGUAAAUUGUUGUUUUUAUUAA